AUCCAGUUUUUUUUUUUUUUAGUCCUCACCUUUUAUCAACCUUUUCGGCUUCCCCUUCGAUAACGAUCUCCGCCUGUUUCAGCGACUAUAAUCUCCGGCCGUUCGAUUUUUCUCGUGGAGUGUCUAUCAAAGCUAUGCCUAAAAGAUUAGCAGAAGCGCCUCCUUCAUCUGAAACCUUAAGAGUCAGACAUGCAGACUCUUUUGGUAGCUACAGAUCUCAAGUAGCUGAGUUCUUGUCUCAAGAAGAGAGGAUCUCGCUUCAUGAUUUACAAGCCACUGUGAGGCAUUCCAACACCGCAAUAGGAGCUGGGAUGUCAAAUCUCAAUAAAGAGAAAUUGAAUGUCUUGUUGAGGCAGUGCGUGAAGAACCUGACUCCAGAAAUCGAUGAGAUGCAGCAACGUGUAUGCCGCAUGCACCUAAUUUCACAGAUGGCAAACAAUUGUGCGUCUUCUUCUCCAAGCAUUUUACAGUCUAUUGUUGUUCCUGAUGAAUCCGGAGGGGCAACAGAAGAUGAUAUACAGAAUCUGGUAUCUGACCUUGAUCUUGUCAAGAGAUUAAUGUCCCAGGAUUCACAUGCUCUUCUUUCCGAGCUGGAGAAUAUGCAGCAGGAACUCGAAAACCUUCUUGACGAUGUAGUGGCCACUUGCAGACCUAUGACUCAUGGUGAAAAGCGAGAUCUUCAGAAAUCAAUCAAAGAGCUACCUGAAGGAAAUCUUCACCGCAUCGCCGAAAUAGUGGCAAAUCAUUGCAUAAGAUCUGGCAAAGAGUUCUUUGAUGAGGUUAUAGUCAACCUGGAACAGUCGCAGGACAACAUAAUGCUAUGGAGAUUGCAUUUCUAUGUAGGAGCAGUCAAGAAUGCUCGGAAGCUCGGUCGCUAGCUUAGGCUGGACUGUUCAAUACGGUCUGGAUUAUGGCCGGUUUAGUGUAGAUUCUGGUUUUCUUUUUUCUUUUCCUUUUCAUAUCAGUCCAGUGCUAUGCCGAGUUGGUCUUACAUGGACGGGUUUUCAACCGGUUCUGAUUUUGCAAGACUUUGAUCAAAUUAUUGAAAUGGCCGGU